AAUUCCUCAAUGAAUCGUUUCAUCUCCGAAUUUAAAACGCGAUGGACAAGAUGUCAUAGAAAAGAAGAACGUUUCUUUAAAACCCAUCGGAAUUGGUUAGACUCUUCUAUUUCUUUUUUUACUAAACAGCUAAAACGAGGUCGCAAAGAGAUUGCUUUCGAAGAAUCCGGCCCAAAAACAAAGUACAAAAAAACCAAGGAUUUGAGAGACAACACAUCGUUAUCAAUGCUAGCUUUUGCAACUCAAGUGAAGUUAAGGGAAUCUGGUAAUAUUGGGGCGUCUAAGUUAGUACAUGAUGUAGCUUCUUGCUCACCAACGAGAGCGGAUAAAUACAGAAAAAGUUUACUUAAGUCGGUGGUGUCCAACAAACUGAGUAGUGAAGAAGCAUUAGCUGUUUUGGUUGAAGCUGGACUAUCGCGGCAUCAAUAUAAUAUUGUGAAACAGGCUGCUCCAGAAAGGUUUCCCUCGUACACUGCUGUCCAGUUAGCAAAAAAACAAUGUUAUCCAAAAAGCGAUAGUAUGAGAGUAUGUGAAUCCUCAGUCGAACUUGAUUUACAGGCGCUUCUUAAUCACACUGUUGAACGCCUAGUACUGCUGCAAAACAGUGUGAUUGAUUCUUUAAACAAAAAAGAACUGUCUGAAUUAUGUUUAUAUACAAAAUGGGGCUUCGAUGGGAGUUCUGGCCAUAGCUCAUAUAAACAAGCAUUUCAUGGCACAGAAGCUACAGAUUCCUCUGUGUUAAUAACAUCAAUUGUGCCAUUAAGGUUGGAAUGCGGGGAAAAAAUUAUAUGGCAGAAUCCUCGCCCUUCUUCUACCAGAUUCUGCAGACCAUUGAAAAUUGAGUUCAUCAAAGAAACAGCAAUUACGUCAAAGCUAGAGCAUGAUAGAGUCAGCGAAGAAAUUAAACAUCUAAAUAAUUCAACUGUGGAACUUGGUGAGAAAGUUGUAGUAGUAAGACAUAGCUUAAUAUUAUCGAUGAUAGACGGUAAAGUUUGUAACGCUCUCACUGAAACUACAUCUACACAAAAGUGUUACUUAUGCGGCUCCACCAGCAAAGAUUUCAACCAAAUCGAUAAAACUAUAAAAAAGGAAAUUAACACUGAUAAUUUACAAUUUGGGUUAUCAAUUUUGCAUGGAUGGAUACGAUUUUUUGAGUGCCUUCUUCAUCUGUCAUAUAAACUGCCAAUCAAAAAAUGGCAAGCUAGAUCAGACUCCGAAAAGCAAAUUGUGGAAAAAACUAAAGCAGAAAUUCAAAAGCAAUUUAAAGAGAGGACUGGUUUAAUUGUUGAUUGUCCAAAACCCGGAUUCGGUAGCUCCAAUGACGGAAAUACGGCCAGGCGUUUUUUUCAGAAUGCGGAACUAUCAGCGGAGAUUACGAAAAUCAACGUUAAUUUAAUAGUCCGAAUGCAUAAUAUACUGAUUGUUGUUUCGUGUGGUCAUGACGUAAAUGUACAUAAGUUUCGGGAAUAUGCACAUGAAACGGCUAGAAUAUUUGUAGAACAUUAUCCGUGGUACUAUAUGCCUCCAACAUUGCAUAAAUUUUUUAUUCACGGACCUGAAAUAAUAGCAUACGCAUUGUUACCGAUUGGCCAAUUAUCGGAAGAAGCGCAGGAAGCUAGCAACAAAAAUUUCAAAAAAUAUAGAGAGAGUAAUUCCAGAAAAAUGGAUCGAGAAAAGUCGAAUCAAGACGUUUUUAACAUGAUGCUGAUUACUUCUGAUCCAAUAAUAUCAAGCAGGAGAAAAUUGCCUGAAAAAAAAUUACACAGCCUACCAAAAGUAGCUGUGGAUAUGUUACAAUCUCCAUCCUUAAAUUUGCCAAAAGCUUAUGCCAGAGACAAUAAUAGUGCUCAUGGCAAUGAUUCCGACGAGGAAGAUGGUGACGAUGAUAGUAAUGAUGAUGCAUAA